AUGCUGUCUGGGGAUAGACACAGCCACAGCAGCCUGGUGCUGGUGGUCUACAUCAUCACCUUCCUGAUUGGCCUCCCUGCCAAUGUUGUGGCCUUCUACACCUUUGGAAAGAAGGUGAGGCAGAAAGCCAUGCCCAUCGACAUCCUGCUCCUCAACCUGACCAUCUCGGACCUCCUCUUCCUGCUCUUCCUGCCCUUCAAGAUGAAAGAGGCGGCGGACAACAAUAAAUGGAACAUGCCCGACUUCCUGUGUCCAUUGACCAGCUUCGUCUUCUACACCACCAUUUACAACAGCACCUUCUUUCUGACCGCCAUCAGCAUUGAACGCUACCUGGGGGUAGCCUAUCCCAUCAAGUACAAACUCAUAAGACGGUCUUUGUACGCCACGGUGGCUAGCGUCGCCUUCUGGGCGAUCUCCAUGGCGCACGUCAGUAUCGUCUACAUCAUUCAAUAUUUAGUCGAUUCCAAUGCCACCCAGAAAGGGAACAUGUGUUACACGAAUUUCACCCAGAUGCAGCUGCAGGUCCUGAUACCUGUCCGUCUGGAGCUCUUCCUGGUUCUAUUCUGUGUACCUUUCUUUAUCUGCUGCUUCUGCUACAUCAACUUCAUCCGAAUCCUCUCCCAGCUGCCCAGCAUCAACCCCAAGAAACGUCUGCGGGCCAUCGGCCUGUCUCUGGGGACCCUGCUGGUGUUCAUCGUCUGCUUUGCGCCCUACAACCUGUCACACUUAGUGGGCUUUGUUAACUGGGAGAGUCCCGAUUGGCGGGUGGCCGCACUCUUGUCCAGUACCAUCAACGCCAGCCUGGACCCCAUCAUCUUCUACUUCUCCUCGUCGGCCCUCAGGUGUACCUUCCACCUCUUCCUGAAGAACCUGUUGGAGAGUGUGCAGGGGUUGUGCUGCUGCAGUAAGGCUCUCUACUGCCCUGUGUUGUUCUGCACCAGAACUCAGAAGGACAGCACACCAAGCUCCAAUGACAACAUGUGCCAAACUCAUUCCACAGAGGGCCAAGGUUGUGACUGA